AUGGACACGACGUCAGUCUUGCUGAGUGUGGUGGGUCCUGACACAAAGGGUUCCAAGUUUUGGAAUACUUACAAGGCUAGGGUCAAGCUUGAACAGUCGGAGCCAGGGUCGGCCAAGCGUGCAAAGCUUGAGAAGUUUAUCAAGAAGCCCGAGGUUCCCACAGAGCCCAACCCAACCAUGUCUCCGCCCCCACGAAAGGAACUCUUUUGUCCUGAGCCCGUUGACAACCAGCUAGGGGACCCGACCCUUUACCCGGAAGAUGAGAUCCCUACGGAAGAUGAUUGUGAAGGCGAAGGUGAAGGUGAAGAAGAAGGAGACCCCGUCGAGGACCCUGAACUUAAUGACACAGACUUGGCUGAUGAUGAAGGGGUGGGGGUUCCUGCUACUGGUGGUGGUGGUGGUGAUGACCAAGAUUCCCCCCAGGCCGGUGCUGCUACUGUCACUGAGGACACACAGGAGUAUGCAGUGGAGCCUACUGAGGCCGUGGAACCUGUUCUUGAAAGUUUCCCCAAGGAUGAUCCAGCCAGGGAUGCCCGGGAGGAGUUGGAGAGAUCUUUGAAAAGGAAGCCCACACCAGCCCGUCAGGGACGCCAUGUUGUCUAUGCAGAACGUGUUGAGAGCCCCACACCGCCUGCACCUGAACUGGUUCGCAAUCGCAGUGGGGAAUACAAGUCUUGCUCCACGCUUCAGCUUGGUCAGCAGCACCUAUCACGACAAGCUUCUACUGUGAAUCUUGGAGCCACGGGUUCCAGGGAAUCUGAUGUGGACACGGAGUUGGGGCCAUCGGCAUCGGAAGCUCAUGCGCACAAUGCAGAGCAGUUGGAGGAGUUUGUGAAGUCACUUUCUCAUGUCCAGCAUGUUCUUGCAGACCCCUCAAUGCGUAGUGUUGUUGGUGCUCUUGCCCCUCACCUCUUGCAGUUGCUUCCGGAACCUGGGAACCCGAAAGCACCUGGGAACUUGAAAGAACCAGCUGAUGAUCUUGCAAAGGCGAAGGAAGGACUGCCUUCUUCAUCCAGAGCUGGGCAAGUCAUUGCAUCCCUGGGGUGCCCUGUUCCUAAGGGUGGCCCUGUCAUUCGAAGGAGCUCUGAGGCUGCCCCUGCCCCACCCGCCAAGUUGACCAAGACUGGACCUGCUGUUGCUGCAUCCACCCCUGCCGUCAAAGCUGAACCUGCAGAUGCUCCGCCCGCCCCACGCCCAGAUACCCCGCCGGUGGAUGCUGAAGUGAACAGCAGUACACACCGCGCAGCACACGCGCGUUUGGCACGACGCAUGGAAAAACUUGACCCAGCCCAGUUCCCGAAUGUAGCAAAAUUGUGGUCGGGUGGACGCAAAGAGAAACAAGAACUUCUGAAGCAAUUUGUUGCCAACGGCGAGAACCUCAAGCGGAUGGAGACUACUUUGCACAUAACCCGGGAACAAAGUGGGGAGAUGACCCAGACCAAGGAGCUGCUCACAAUCCCGCAAAUGCGGGCCCGCGGAUUCAGCCAGACCAAGAUCGACUCGAUCAUUUCGAAGCAGACACCGCAUCCAGAUCCAGAUGCACCAGAAGACCCCGAGAGCGUUCGCUUUUGGGCCACGUGUGGUGGCUCUUUGUCGCAGAAGGAGCGCAGCACCAUCAGCGCAGCAGCAGCAGCAAAGAUCCAGAGCAAUUGUGAAGGGUUGGCAGCUAUGGUUGGGGCUGUCGAUUUGGAGUCGGGAGAGAAUGGGACCAAGGUUGGGAACGGACCAACGCUUAAGGCACUGGUGGAUGUGGCCAACACAGCAGAGCCGACCCCAGCAUGCAAAGCAAAGUCCAAAGCCAAGGCAAAGGCAAAGGCGAUUGCGCAGCAGAGCCCCAAGACCCCAGCUGAACACCGCAAAGCACUUGGAGCACAGCUCAAGAAGGAGUUGUCCCAGUGUGUUUCUGUGAUUGCCGACUUGCCCCAAAGCAAUAGUUUGCGCGCUCCGCUGCUCGAACAGAAGAACACCCUUGAGGAGAAGCUUGGAGAGUUCUCCGGUGAAAUUUAA